AUGUCUCAACGUUCCAGCAUCAAGAAUUAUUUCAAACGGCCAGAUUUUUCAGCUAGCAGAGACUCCCGGUACCAGGAUCCAAGCGAAACUCCUGCCGAGAGUUCUCAGUCUUCUCCCCUCACUGAACCGCCGUCGUCCUUUGUAACAAAUGGUGGAUCUCCACAAACUCCAGACGGUCCAGCAUUGCAAUUGAAACAGUCAUUGUUACUCUCUGUCACAGAUUCUACAGAAAAUUCACAGCACCAACCAAGCUCUCAAAACACUGAACCCGCAGCUUCUGAUCCAACAUUACCACCAAGCUUCAACUUAGCCCAGCGCGUUGUUAGAAACGGAAGAGAAGUUGUAAUCAGCUCCGACGGUGAAGAUACGGAUACAAGCGAGGCUUUUGAAGAUCCAACCUCUCUUUUUCUGAAAUUUGCGAAACCAGAUGAUACCUCUACAAAUGAGGAAACCAACAAUGAUUCUUCUAGCCACGGAAGGACUUUGCGUUCCCGGCCGUCAAGAGACGACGUGAAACCCAGAAGGUUUUCGCUGAGUCGCGUUUCCGCCCCGAACUACAAGCACUCCAUUGAUAGUCUUGUUACUCAGGCAGUCGAUGAUAAUGAGACUGAGGCGAGCAUUGCAAAGCUCAGGGCCACUUUAGAAGAGGAGAAUGCCCGGAAGGCCGCGUCAAAGUCUGAGGCGGCUCCGGGCUUACAACAGUUACACGAAGGUAUUCUGACGUCGGCUCUCGACAGUCAGAAUGAUGAAACGGGGUUGCGACGCUUACUUGAUGCUGUUCGGAGAACGGAAGCAUUUGACAUGGAAAAAUCAUGGUUUUUCUUCGACCAUGGCAGUGAAUUAGCUCCUCCUCCGGCCUUUCCACGGAACUGUAUACCAGCAAAGUCAAGUCUUUCUGUGCUAAGAGAUCCCGAGUCAAGAGAGCGAGCAUUCCAUUCAGGCUCUGUUGAUUUCGCAUUGUCAAGGGGGCUCCUGCCUGACGAGUUAGUUGUGUGGAUACUUAAUUCUGUACCUUCAGAGCCUCGAGAUACUCUGAGGAACGCUUAUUGCCGGGCAUUUAAGUCACUCGUGCGGCCGGACAGCAUUGAUGCCAUUUUUCAAAGGAUGGGAGCAAGUCCGAAGGCUUUGACAUUCUCCGAAGUUAUAGUUCCAGACGCAAUCCCCAAAAAUAGUUCGCUGCGAGCAGCUCCGCAGCACCAAGCUGCUUUGCUGGCUAUCUUAAACCUGCUGCGUGGAGCAGCAGAUCUGUUCUCUGACGAGACUAGAGAACACAUACUUAGUAUUCUUUUCCGUCUUUCACUCGACAUCUCAUUGACUCGCGACCCUAUGGUUUGCUCGGAAUUGGAAAGAACUAUAAUUGCGGUGUUGGAGAGUAUCCCCGAAGAAACGGCGGAUAACUUGGUAUAUCGGGUGUGCACAUCUGCCUAUGAAACCAUCAAAGAUGCUGUAUUCCAGAGCCGUCUUCUGACACACAUCUUGCCAACAUCAAGCUGGAUUGCAAUGCUGCGAUGCCGUCUUGCCGUCGCGUUCUUGACGAGCGAUCCUUCUUCCCUAGCCGAAGAGCCGGACGUGAUGGGUUAUUUAAGAAGAAUAAUUGACGUUUUGAAAGACAAACGAUUUGACGUGAAGAGAUAUAAGAUGAAAGGCCAACCUGAAUACGACUAUGGGGAACUUAUGGCUAUAACUACUGUCCUCAAUAUUGCUAUCGAUUCCGGCUGGUCCGGCGUGGACUUUUCGAGCAAAGAUGCGGAGCGGGAAUUCAACUCUGAGGUUGAUGUGCUCGCGGACCGGAUCAAGAGAAUAUUCACCUCCAUUGAGGAUUCGGGUGCAUCCCAUCUCAAGCGGACCCUAGCGAAAGAAGCCCUUGAAGCCUUGCACUACCGCAUCAUAUACUCUGUCAGGACCAAGCCACGUCCAAAGAGGUCAAUAUUCGGAGAGAAUGGGGCUGAUAGCCAGAACAAAAAAGUUUUUGACCCGUGGAAGAUCAAGAUUAAACAAGACCCUGAAACUCCCACCCAACAACCAGAAGCUUCGCCAUGA